AUGGACCUGAGAGCUCUCGCGCGCAUAGGCUACCCGGAGUUUGGGCCCGCCCAGCAGGAGGAGUUAGCGCGCCGUGCUUUUCUGCGGGGAGUCCGGCCGUGGCGGCUUCGGGAGCACAUCCGGCUAGCGGCACCGGCUUCCCUGGCUGAGGCGCUGCGCGAGGCUGAACGCGCCGAACCCGCCGAACCCAUCAUGGCGGAACGCCACGCUCCUGUGCGGCUACAUCCGAGACGGCUUCCAUUAGCUAAACGGGCUAUCGCCGAGCAGACGCUGCGGGAGAUGGCCGACUCGGGCGUCAUAGAGCCAGCGUCCGGGCCGUGGUCUUCGCCGGUUGUGCUGGUGCGGAAAAAAGACGAGUCGUGGCGGUUUUGCGUGGAUUACCGGCGGUUAAACGAGGUAACGCGCAAAGAUUCUUAUCCGUUACCGCGAAUAGAUGAUGCGCUUGAACACGUUGCGGGCUCGGCGUGGUUUAGCUCGCUGGAUUUGCGUAGCGGGUAUUGGCAGGUAGAACUCGCACCGGAAGCACGUCCUAAAACGGCGUUCUCGAUCGGACAGGGGUUGUGGCAAUUCCGGCGCAUGCCGUUCGGCCUAUGUAACGCUCCAGCUACGUUCGAACGGUUGAUGGAGAAAGUGUUGGCCGAUAUUCCUCGCAAUCGGUGUGUCGUCUACCUGGACGAUUUACUGGUGCACGGCAAGGAGUUUGAGGUUGCGCUAGCUAACUUACGGGAGGUAUUUCUAGCUAUCCGGCGGGCGAAUUUGCGGCUAAAUCCCAAAAAGUGCCAGUUGUUGCGGCAGGAGACUGUCUUUCUGGGACACGUGAUUAGCGCUCAAGGGAUUGCCACCGAUCCAGCCAAAAUUGCUGCGGUACAGAAUUGGCCUGAACCGGUAAAUGUGUCGCAGCUACGCACCUUUCUCGGGUUAGCCUCGUACUAUCGCCGGUUCGUAAAGAAUUUUGCCACGAUCGCCAGCCCGCUACACGAGCUCACGAGAAAGAACCAGCCGUUUCGCUGGGACUGGGUGCACGCGCGAGCGUUCACCCAGUUACGGGAAGCUCUGGUUACGUCGCCUGUUCUAGAAUAUCCGGACGCGUCCCGUAUGUUUAUCCUCGACACGGACGCAAGCGAUCUGGACUGUGAACAGUUAAUCGCUGAGCAGGAGAAGGACCCGGCACUGCAGCAGGUAUUAGGUUGGGUUAAAGCGGGCCGGAGACCGGAGUAUAACGCUGUCGCCCACCUGGGCCUAGAGGGCGUGGACAUUCUCGGGCCGUUUCCCGUUUCCGAUCGCGGGAACCGGUAUGUGCUGGUGGCCAUGGACUACUUCACCAAGUGGCCGGAGGCAUUUGCCGUUCCUGACCAAAGCGCUUCCACCACGGCUCGAGUGCUGGUGGAUGAGGUGUUCAGCCGGUUCGGCGCCCCGGAGCGGUUGCACAGCGAUCAGGGGCGUAACUUCGAGGCGGAGGUGUUUGCGGCGGUGUGUGAGCGCCUCGGGGUGAAAAAGACCCGCACCACGCCCCUUCAUCCGCAGAGUGACGGCCUCGUGGAGCGUUUCAACCGGACACUCACUACCCAGCUCGCCGUGCUUACCAGCGCCCGGCAGAAGGAUUGGGACGAACAUCUGCCCCUUGUGCUGUGGGCCUAUCGCACCGCAGUGCAGGAGUCCUCACAGCUGACGCCAGCGGCGUUAAUGUUCGGUCGCGAAUUGCGCACGCCCGUGGACCUGGUGUUCGGCCCCCCUCCACAAAUUGUCUGGCUGCUAAAAAGGGGUGAGGGCCUGUGGCGUUCUCUUCAGCUCAACCGUGACCAGCAGCUCAUGAUCAGUGCUAACCACUACGCCACCGUAAAAAAAACUCCUUGUACUCCUCCGCCGCUGGUCGACAUCGAGGAAGACGUGCUUCCACCGCCACUUGGCUUUAAGGACAUCUGGCCAGCUCCUCAGCUCAACAUAGAGGAUGUCGAGCUUCCUCCUCCUCCUCUAGAGGAUGCCACGCUUCCUCCUCCUCUGCUCGACAUCAGGGACAUCACGCUUGCUUCUCCUCUGCCGCUACUCGAAUACGAGGACGUCGCGCUUUUUUCUCUAAAUCCCCGCUUCGAGGACGUCAUGCCAACCCCUCUGCUCGACGUCACACUUCUUCCUCCUCAGCCCGGCGCUGAGUACGUCGUGUUUGCUCCUCAGCCUGACCCAGCAGACGUCGUGCCAGCUGGGCGCCCCAAUGCCAGCCACAUUACUCUGCUUCAGAGACAUAGGCCCGGUGCCGUUUCAGCCGACGUGGGGCUUUGGGGAUCUGGUUAUGCAGGAAGUGAACAAACAACUAACAUCUUGUUGGAGACCGGUGUUCCCCGAAACAUCAAUGGUGGCGGGCUUAAGCACAGGCCUCCUGGAGGUGCCAUGGAGAAGGCUUUUCUCAGAAGGAAUUCUACAAGCCUCUCCCCGGGGGGUGCCAGCCCCACAUCCUGGGUGCAUGAGCCUCAGGACUUCCUCUUUGAGAAGAUGACAGUGCGCAGGUCCGGCCUCUUUAAGAGGGAUUGCGAAGAGCAGCGAGUCCCACCCCAGUCUACAAGGGGGUGA